GAAGAAAUCUGAAUGUAAACAGCUGGAAGUGCGGCACAUGUGUCUUGGCAUAAAAACUUGAACCAGGAGUCGGAAAUACAAUGUACCACCUUGGACAGGAUCUGCCAGGCAACGACGUAGAUGACAUCGAGGAUCUGAUAUCCGUCGAUGAUGUGAAGCCGCGAGAGCGAUACGAAAACAAAAAGAACGUUACGGUGCGCGCCAAGAGACGAACCCAAAUCCGACUUGAAUCUCAGGAGGAGGAGGAGGACAAACCGAAGCCCACGAUCCACACAAGUGUUAUACCCGGUACCCAAAGAGUUUUUGUGAAAACAUGGGGCUGCGCCCACAACAAUUCGGACUCGGAGUACAUGGCCGGGCAGCUGGCUGCCUACGGGUACAAACUAAGUGGCAAAGAGGAGGCGGAUCUGUGGCUACUUAAUAGCUGCACGGUGAAGAAUCCUUCGGAGGACACGUUCCGCAACGAGAUUGAGUCGGGCAUGCGAAAUGGCAAGCAUGUCGUGGUCGCCGGUUGCGUCCCUCAGGGAGCCCCCAAAUCGGACUACUUGAACGGUCUUUCUGUAAUUGGUGUCCAGCAGAUCGACCGAGUGGUGGAGGUCGUUGAAGAGACCCUUAAGGGUAACAGUGUCCAGCUCUUGCAGAACAAAAAGAAGGUCCAUGGCCGGCGGGUGGCUGGAGCACCCCUCUCAUUACCCAAAGUCCGCAAAAAUCGGUUAAUCGAGAUCAUAUCCAUCAACUCUGGGUGCUUAAAUCAAUGUACCUACUGCAAGACGAAGCACGCCCGCGGGGAUUUGGCCAGCUACCCCCCAGAGGAGGUUGUAGAGCGUGCCCGACAAUCGUUUGCUGAAGGCUGCUGCGAGAUCUGGCUUACUUCCGAGGAUACAGGAGCUUAUGGUCGGGAUAUAGGAAGCUCUCUGCCGGAAUUGCUUUGGCAGCUUGUGGAAGUGAUCCCCGAGCACUGCAUGCUGCGUGUGGGCAUGACCAAUCCACCCUAUAUUCUGGAGCAUCUCGAGGAAGUGGCCAAGGUGCUGCAGCACCCUAGAGUAUACUCCUUUUUACAUGUUCCUGUCCAGAGUGGUAGUGACUCAGUGCUGGGCGAGAUGAAACGAGAGUACUGUCGGCAGGAUUUUGAACAUGUCGUGGAUUUCUUAAGGGAACGUGUUCCCGGUGUAACUAUUGCCACGGAUAUUAUUUGCGGUUUCCCAACAGAGACAGAAGAGGAUUUCGAGGAGACGAUGACUCUAUGCGCCAAGUAUCGUUUUCCCAGUCUAUUCAUUAAUCAGUUCUUCCCUCGUCCGGGCACUCCAGCUGCUAAGAUGGAGCGCAUCCCCGCAAACCUGGUGAAAAAGCGAACUAAACGGCUCACAGAUCUCUUCUACAGCUAUGAACCCUAUGCGGAAAGAGUGGGUGAAGUCUACACCGUCUUGGUCACAGAAGUUUCGCACGACAAGCUCCAUUACGUGGGCCACAACAAGAGCUACGAGCAGGUACUGCUACCCAUGCGGGAUAAUCUUCUUGGUACUCGUGUACAUGUGCGAAUUACCAGCGCAAGCAAGUUCAGCAUGGUGGGAGAAAUUUUAGAUGAUGAACGCGAUUGGACGAGAUGUGCAAUUAAGAAGGAGGUAACAAACAUUCAUGUGCAGACCAAGAGCCGGGAAAAACUAAUCCAACGCUAUUUGGGCAUUGCUCUGGUGGUUGGAAGUGUGGCUUUCCUGAUACAGCUUGUCGUUCGACUCUUAUAACAACAUCAAUAAAACAUCUUGUUCCAAAU